AUGCCGCUGUUCUCAAGGUCCCGCUCGAGGAGCAGCAGCGCUGGCAGCAAUGGCCAGCACAUCGCGGUAGCAAACGGCGGCGGCGGGCCAGGCAACAGCAGCAGCAGUCAGGUUCACGAACAACAGCAGGCGUACGGAUCAGCGCCGCCUGGUACUACUGUGGGGAAGGGUACAGCAUCAGUCGAGGAGGACGUGACGCCCUCGACGCGGGUCCCGUCUGCAGACGACGAGGCUCCAGCGGCCGACGCUGAGAUGGGGGACAGGCCGCUGGCGCGACCUUUGGCCCCACCACCACAGCCGCAGCCGGCCCUCAAGCCGAUGCAGAUGAAGGUCCGACUAUCGUUCCGAACAGACAUCGGGGGAAUGUCUGAGAACCAAGAUAACUGCUUCAUCUGGCGCCACGAGCCCUCGGGGAGCUUCGUGAUCGGGGUGCUAGAUGGACACGGGAGGGACGUCGGGCGGUUGGCGGCCCACGUGGUACAGGAGUUCAUGCAGGAUUGGCUGUCGAGGCGAUGGGGAGAGGUCAAGGAAAACCCCGCAGAGGCGUUUCGAACGCUCUUCCGAGAGGACAAUGGGGGCUACCUGAUGAAGCGACGGAGCAUGACCCAGCCGUGGUCGUGCGUGCACGGGGGAACAAGCGCGACUCUGGUAGCGCUGGUCGAAGGGAGAACGCUCUACACGGCCAACGUGGGGGACAGCAGCGCGCUUCUAGCCAUGCAGGGCAGACGCAUAGAGGUACGGUUUUGCAUGUGCGUGUAG